CGACCACAAACAACUCUAACAAAAAUGCUGAUAAGAUAAAUGAGAAUGAAAGUGAAAAUAGAAAUAAAGGUAAGGAGGAUUAAGAUAAAGAUGAGGAUGAUUCGUAGAUUUUUUGAAUAUGACAAGACGAAUGUAGAAACAGAAUACAAUACCCAAUGGAUUCAAAACGGUGAUCGUGAACAGUAUACUGUACUACGAUAGUACCGAAACAUGCGGUAUCUGUUCGCCGUAUCCACACCGUAUUGAUGGUGUGGGUAGGUUUGCGUAUGGGUAUCAUAGUUGCUGUGCCCACACUCACCCAGAUUAGACUAUUUGUAGAUUCAUUGUUCCUUGUUUUUUCCAAUUUUCUAUCGUAUCAUCAUCACAAGUAGUGUUAGCUAAGACUAAUUCCGGUCAUGAGACAAUAAAAAAUUGAAGAAAACAAGGAUCCACGAACCGGCAUAUCGACUAAUUUAUCAAUAUACCGAUGACCAGUUGAUUCACCGGUAAAAUCACGUACACCCGUUACCGACCGAUAACCAGUACCGGUUCCAUCUCUGACCGAAUUCUAUAUUCCAACAAUUUCUUUAUAUAGCUGCAUAUAAAUCGUGAUCACUUAUCUGUGCUUGUGAGAGCAACCGAUCAUGCUUCAGCUAAAACCCAAUCGCUUCAAAAAGUCCAUUGCAUAUCACCGCAAUAAGAUAAAAUUGCACAGUUUUGACCAUAUUCCAACCUUGUUCUCAUGGUGUAUUUAUGCACAUGAUACCCUGCCAUUUAAAGCCACUGUCAUUGAAACAACGACACUUUUCAGGCCAUCACUCAUCCAGUUCCAUCCCACUCCUGAAAUAUAACUCAUCUCAUCAUUAGACCAUAGCAUAAAGAGCGUACGCCAUACCAUAGAACACAGUAGACUAUUUCUCUAACAUAGACACUCACCUAAAGUGAUUACAGCCACGAUCCUUUCUCAUCAAUAACUCAAAGAAGCUGUUCAUGCGACUCAUCAUAUAUUAUCUUCCUAAUAAAAAGAUAUCCGCAGUCAUAAACUGGUUUUUUUUUCGCGCAUAAGACAAAUAAUAUCAAGAUUUGUAAUUAAUCUCUUCUUUUAGAAACAUACAAAAGUCAUAAAACUGAUGCGAAGAGUGAAAAAACAAGCGAUAACUCGGCUUAUGCUGCUGUUGCUACUGCUGCUGCUCAUUAUGCUACUAUUUAUUGUGGUGAUUAUGAUUAUGGUGAUUAUCCUUAUAGUCGUGCUUAUGCCGCUGCUCUUGCUGUUGCUCGUGCUGGAAAUGCUGCUGCUUGUAGUGCUGCUGUUGCUGCUUAUUUUGAUGCUACUGCAGAUGUUGCACGUGCUCAUGAUUAUGAUGAUGCUCGAGCUGCUGAUGAUUAUCUUCAAUUUGCUACGACUUAUGAUUAUUAUGAACCUGAUGGUGCUGACGGUGCUCAUGGUACUGAUGGCACUGAUGGUGCUAAUGAUGCUGGUGAUAAUUAUAGUAGUGAACUUGCACGUGCUGCUAAUAAUUCUGUUUCCGAUGAUGACUUUUGA